UAUAUUGGAGAGUUAUAUCCCUCCAAGUAAACUAGUGUAUGUUUGUGUGUUGUGCGUAUUGCAAGUUUUAAUAUUGUUUUUCUGUAGAGACUAAUUCGCAAUAGGAAAUAAAAAUUCGACAGUUAUAUUCAGUUAUAAAACUAUAUUAAUGACGAUAUGGGUGUCCCAGCAUUUUUUCGAUGGCUAAGCCGAAAAUAUCCUUCUGUAAUAGUGGAGUGUAUAGAACAAAAAUCAAUAAACGCUAAUGGAGUACAUGUUCCUGUCAAUUCUGCGGAUCCUAAUCCAAAUGGAGUGGAAUUUGAUAAUCUAUAUUUGGAUAUGAAUGGAAUCAUUCAUCCAUGUACACAUCCAGUAGAUCAACCUGCUCCAAAGAAUGAGGAAGAAAUGAUGGAGGCUAUUUUUGAAUGCAUCGAUCGCUUAUUUCGCAUUGUAAGACCCAGAAAAUUACUCUAUAUGGCUAUAGAUGGGGUUGCACCGAGGGCUAAAAUGAAUCAGCAAAGAUCACGUCGUUUUCGUGCAUCUAAAGAAACAAGUGAAAAACUUAAUGAAAUUGAAAGAGUGCGUUCUGAAUUAGCCUCAAAAGGAGCCAUAUUACCACCAGAAAAACCAAAGGAAGAGCAUUUCGAUAGUAAUUGCAUUACGCCGGGUACCCCAUUUAUGGCAAGGUUAUCAAAAUGCUUGCAUUAUUACAUACACGAUCGUUUGAAUAAUGAUCCUGGUUGGAGAAAUAUAACAGUCAUAUUGAGUGAUGCUAAUGUUCCAGGAGAAGGAGAACACAAAAUAAUGGAUUUUAUUAGAAAACAAAGAGCUCAACCCAACCAUGAUCCUAAUACGCAGCAUGUUUUAUGCGGUGCUGACGCUGACUUAAUUAUGUUGGGUCUUGCCACACAUGAACCUAAUUUUACUAUUAUUCGUGAAGAAUUUAAGCCAAAUAAACCAAAACCAUGUGAUAUAUGUGGUCAAUUGGGACACGAAAUGCAAGAAUGUACUGGUUCAGAACCUAAUCAAAAAGAAGAAGAGAAUGCAUUUUCUGCUGAAUGCCAAUAUAUAUUUGUGCGAUUAAAUGUUUUAAGAGAAUAUUUAGAGAGAGAAUUGCAGAUGCCCAAUUUACCGUUUAAAUAUGAUUUUGAACGUGCUAUAGACGAUUGGGUUUUUAUGUGUUUUUUUGUAGGAAAUGAUUUUUUACCUCAUCUUCCGUCAUUAGAAAUUAGAGAAGGAGCCAUUGAUAGACUUGUAAAUUUGUACAAAAAAGCUGUGUAUAAAACAGGAGGAUUCAUAACGGAUAGUGGUGACGUUAAUUUGGAUAGAGUGCAGAUGAUUAUGUCUGAGCUUGGUGAAGCAGAGGAUGAAAUUUUUAAGAAAAGACAACAAAAUGAAUUGGCUUUUAGGCAACGUGAAAAAGAUAAGAAAAAGAGAUUAAAAGCAAUUAGCAAUUAUAAACCAAAAUGGAUUCCUACAGGACAAUUCGCACCUAUGCCGCUGGGUCAAACCGUGAAACCAGUUGAAAAUGCACGUCAUGAAGCUUAUCAAAUGCGUAUGCAAAAUCAGAAUUAUAGUACCAGUCCAAUGGAACAUGUAUCGUUAAAUCCAGUUACACAAUCAGUACUUGAGAUGAUGCUUCGUCCUGAGGGUAAGACCGAGUCAAAUAAACGUAAAAGCGAUGAAGGAUUAGCAGAUGAUACGGACGAAGAAGAAGUAGUACACGAUGAAGUUAGACUUUGGGAAGAUGGUUUUAAGGAUCGUUAUUACGAGUCAAAGUUUGAUGUAUGUUCCGACAAUCUUGCAUUUAGAAACAACGUAGCCUUACAGUAUGUACGCGGUUUAUGUUGGGUUUUACGUUAUUAUUAUCAAGGUUGCGCCUCUUGGAAAUGGUAUUUUCCAUAUCAUUAUGCACCUUUUGCUAGUGAUUUUAUUAACAUUGGUGGACUUUCUACAGAAUUUGAAAAAGAUACUAUGCCAUGUCGUCCUUUAGAACAGCUGAUGGGUGUAUUUCCAGCAGCUAGUAGUAAACACGUACCACAACCAUGGGCAAGAUUAAUGAACGAUCCAAGAUCUCCGAUCAUAGAUUUUUAUCCAGAAGAUUUCAAGAUUGAUCUCAAUGGAAAAAAAUUUGCUUGGCAAGGAGUAGCUUUACUUCCAUUCGUAGAUGAAAAAAGACUGUUUAAGGCUUUAGAGCCUUAUUAUGACAGUUUAACAGAAGCAGAAAAGAAACGGAACAUACGUGGAGACGAUCGACUGUAUGUUGGUAUGGGAAACAGUGGAUAUAAUUUUGUAAAAAAUCUAUAUAUGAAUAAAGCAGGAUUUGACGUUGAACAUCCAGUAUAUAUAGAUAGUAUGAGAGGUAGGGUAUUGUUAGCAGAAGAUUGUAUUGGAGACGGAGCUACCUUACUUUCUCCGAUCAAUGGAUUACCAGUGAGAAAUAAUAAAGUAUAUUGUGUACGUUUCCGAGAUCCAAAGUACAAAAGUAGUUUUAUUUUCUCUACAAAAAGAUUGAAAGGUGUUGUAGAGCCGCCGAAAGUUUUGAAACCUCAAGACUUCGAUCAAAUGAAUCGUAACAACGGUAAUCAAUGGAGACCACAAAUUGGUUUUACUCCUUCGACACGUGUGGCAUCCUUAAGUGACGCUGGUCAUCGUAUGCUUGAUCAUCACGGAGGUUUUAAUAGAGCACUUCCGAUGUAUGGACACGUACCACCACCUGUAAAUGCGUAUCAACAACAUCGGCACCAGCAUCAGCACCAACAUCAGCAUCACCAGCAGCAGCAACAACAGCAACAGCAGCAAUACGGUUAUCAUAGUGGACAUCAAUCGAGAUUGGGUGGAUAUAACACCGCUAGCUCAAGUGGACCCUCUUCGUUACCGUCAGGACCAUGGGCUAGCGGUUAUGGUCCAGCACCACAAUAUCUUCAACAUCGAGAAUUUCGGCAACAACAAAGACAUCCUUAUCCACAUCAGCAACAUCAAAUUCGUAAUGGUAACAAUUAUCAGUCAUCUCAGAACAAUUAUCAUGGCUAUCAACAAAGGAAUGGCAACUCGGAUCGAUAUGGGGGUAAUAGCGGAGGAAAUAGCGGAUGGAGACGAUAAAUGAAUUACUUUUGUUUUUUUUUCCUUCAUAACGUACGCUAUUAAUAUUCUUUUAUAUUCUAUUUUAUGUCUUUUUCAGUCGCAUAAUAGGAUUCACAUUGGAAAAUUGAAUUAAUAUUGACAAUUAAAUAAGCGGAACGUAUGAUUAUUAUUUUUAUUAUUAUUAUUAGUAUUAUUUGCUAUUCAUGUGAAAUAAUUUUAAUUAUAAUUUUUCUUAAAAUAUACAUAAUCAAUCAUAAUUUUUAUUUCAUAAACAAAACAAAACACAAAAAAAUGAUAAAUGAUAACGUAUCUGUGUUCACGAUAGCGUUUUAACGCCACAGUAGCAUUUGAUGUAGUUUUUACCUGUUAAACUUGCGUCAUCCUAAUUAAAGUACAUAUAAUUUCGUAUGUACUUGCGUAGAUUAGAAUUAAAAAAGAAAACAAAAUAAUAGUAAUAAAAAAAAAAAAAAAACAAAAAAAAACUCAGUCACACGAUCCGUUUGUAUGGAAAUGAUGAUGAUGAUGAUGAUGAUGAUGAUUAUUAUUAUUAUUAUUAUGCACAUUAUUAUGAGCCUCAUUUUUUUUCUUUUCUGUUUUACUAUUUAUGUCGACUUGAAACAAUUUAUCGAGGGAACAAAAGGGUUAUUUGUAACAAAAGAUUUUAUAUAUAUUAUGCGGUAGAUUCCCAUAUAUCGCGAUUUCUUCUUAUAAAUGUGCUAAUAUAAAUUAAAUAUGAAUAUUAAUUGAGCAUUAUAUAUAUUAUAUUUAAUUUAUUCAUCGUUACCGAUUGUUCACAUUUUCUCAA